UAACAAACCACGUCAACGAAGUCAAAAGGAGGCUAGGGUAACAUUUCGCACAAAUUUCGACCACGUGAGAAAUGACGAUUAUCUUUCUGAGGAAACUUUGACCUGCCAUUUUGGUUGUUAAACGAAGAAAAUUUUGCAUUAAGGGCUGCCAAAACAUUGUUUUGAAAAUCAAGCAGCUCACUUCUUGUUACAGGCUGCUGGUUCCCUUUUACAACAGCUUGUUCAACAGAAAGGUUGGGUGAAACUGCAUGAACGUUUGAAAACUGGCAUUUUGAAGCUGAUUUUGACUUUGAAGCCAAUGAAACAAGUAAAUCAACUUGCCCCUCCAAUUCCUUAAUUCGCUGAUCCUGCAGAAUAUUUGAUCGGGCGGUAGUCAACGAGUCGUUAGUCAUGACCGCUUCACGGAGGCGCGCUAAAUUCUCUGCUUUUGCAAACGAAUCGAGUUGGUUCAGUAUCACGUGAGUUUUUAUGUCGUCAUAUGUUCAUCAUCGCUAAAAGUUGAGAUUAAGACCUUGGCUUUUUGGUAAUUGGAAACUAUUAGGGGGUGGGAAAUUAUUGUAAAUUAAAGCUUACAUGUAUUGCCUAGGAUCUUCCUUUCGACAAACUUGAUGUGGCAAGUAUUCUAGAUGCAUUUCUCGCCAUCCCAAUAAUGUCAUAUUUUGAAACUUUUUCUUGAAUUUGGCUAGAAUUCCUAACCAUGGUGGUGGCCUUGAUUACACAUCUGAACAAUCUAAACACACCGCCUCUCCCCCCACUUUCAUUAACGUUUCGUCAGCCCUGUCCAGGGACCGCGCACCAGUCAAAAUGCGGGAGGGCUGAAAAGGGCGUACUCCUUAGUAUAGGAGAAUACUAUCAAAUGUUUCCAAAAUGUUUUCGAACCUAUUAUUGCAAAAAGGUGGAGGGGCUAUAGCCCCUGUUAGCCCAAUGGCAGCGUGGUGCCUGGCCCUUUCUAUGCUACUGAUGUCACCAUCUUGGUUGCUGCGCAAACAAUCAAUUAACCUGGCUGCUCAACCAAUAAUUAGAAAAACAUCAACCCCUAUUAUGUUUUGACUGGAAAAUUACAUACCAAGAUUUUUUUGAAUAGCUUAGAUAUUUCUUGAAUAACUCAGAUAUUUCAUUAAGUUCUACCCUGGGUACCAGAGCCUCAGUGAUCGAAAAAGGUGACCCCUUUAAACACCAUUCGUUAUUUUUAUCACUGAGGCCCCCCUUUGAAAGUCAUUCAGCUAGAAAGCAAUAAUCCCCCCCCCAAUGUCGUGGUUUUCUCUCAUCUCUUGUUAAUUAAGUGGGUAAAACAACUUUUAAAGAUUGAAAACUGUAAUUUUUAUGCUAUCCCUCCCGCUAAUUAUUAUAAGGGUUUGAAGGGACUGUUUCAAGCAUUCGUAACUGACGAUCGCAGAAGAAUUUUGACUGGGUACAACGGCAGUUUAUUAAAGAUUCAAUUUUUAAAAAAAUUUUAGGUUAUCUUUCAGCACAUUUUACACGUUUAUUUUUUUGUGGAUAGUGGUAAAAACGUCCAAAAUAGGCCUAAAUCUAGCUGCGAGACACGUUUGUUGUCACAUUCUUGAAUUCUGAUUGGCUUAUGGAGUAUGGAGAAUUUUUGUCGCUCAGCCAAUCAAAGAUUUGGAACCUAUGCUGGUUAGAUGACUUUUUCUAUGAUGCAGGAUAGCGUAAAGAUUGGAUCAGCAGCAUUGAACACAAUUUUGCAUGAAAACCUGCAAGUUCGGAAAGUGGCUGCCCACUGGGUGCCACAUUGCUUGUCAGAUGAGCAAAAAGAGCAGCGCGUCAAUUGGUGCCAGUUUAUGCAGCAAAAAUUUAAUGAAGGGAAGUCGAAACGGGUUUAUGACAUUGUGACAGGCGCUGAAAGUUGGGUUUACCAAUUUGACCCGGUGACAAAGCGCCAAUUCUCAAUUUGGAUCUUUCCAGGUGAAAACCCGCCGCAAAAAUUUCGGCGAUCCAGAAGCGUCGGCUAAAGGAUGAUUGCGUCAUUUUUCUCAAAGACGGGUCAUGUCGCAACCAUUCAAGUUGAAGACCGUCGUACAGUGAACGCGGAUUGGUAUGUUAACCACUGCAUACCACAUGUUCUAGAAGUUUGGCGAAAUAAACGUCCAAGGACCGGCUUUAGAGGUCUACUUUGGCACCAUGACAACGCUUCCGCUCACACAGCUGCUUUGACAAUCGUAUCUUUAAACCAGUGGACAGUAUUUUGGGAAACUGUCAAAAUUUGAACACGAUGCGGUUUUUGAAUAUCUCAAUAAUUUUAGAGUGACCCUCGUAAAUAUCAUGUGGGUCAUAGUGAAAUUACAUAGAACAUCAAUUGUGGGUUAGAUUAUCAUAUCAAUGUUUCGUCAAUUAUUUAAUAUUCCAUUAAAAUUAGACAAAAAACGUGACAUUUGGUUAAUUUCGGCAACACACCAACGAGGAGUUUCAAAUCAAUUCAAAAUCAAGUAGUGAACUUCAAAUUCAGAAAUUCAAAAUGAAAGAGGCCUUUACAACAUGCCAAACUCUAUUUGUCUUACUGAUGACCAGCAGAUGUCUUUGCUUCUUAAGACUUCCGUGCAAAUUUUACGCUGACUUCAGCAUUAUCCUGAACAAUACUGCUGACACAGGGACAGUCAUGAAAACAAUUUCUUCAAGGACUGUGCGACAGUGCACCCUCGAAUGUCUUUCUUGGCCUAAGUGUUUCUCUUUGAAUUACAAUCGCGUGACGAUGAAUUGUGAGCUACUGGAAAGAAGGUUCAAUGAGAGCGUUCCAUUGUUGACGCAAAGGGAUGGCCAGGUGUACAUGACAACAGACGAUGGGAAAAUAAAUAAUGGACCUGUUUGUGAGAUUAAAUCUCCUUGCGAAAAUGGCGCGAAGUGCGAAGAUACAUGUGAUGAAAAGGGGUACAAGUGCAUCUGCGCCCCACUUUACUACGGAACACAUUGUGACAAGUUGAAACAAGAUUGUGGAGACGUGAAAAAGUCUGGAGAAACAGUAAGCGGAGUCUACGAAAUUAAACCGGAUCACAAUUGGAAAGCCAACGUCUUUUGUGACUUUGUAUAUGGCAGUCAAGAUUGGAUCGUCUUUCAAAGAAGAAUAGAUGCCAGUGUCGACUUUUAUCGAAACUGGGCGUCAUACAAAAAUGGAUUUGGGGAUACGAGUGGAAAUUUUUGGAUUGGACUUGAUACAUUGCACAGACUGGCUGCUCCAGGGAGAGGGGCUAUUCUACGGAUCGACAUGAAACACCGCAACAGUCCAACCUCUCAGUAUUAUGCAGAGUAUUCUUCAUUUGAAGUUGGUGACGAAGCAUCUGGUUACAAACUGCUUUCACGUGGAUACUCAGGUAAUGCCGGUGAUUCCAUGGCGUUUCAUGAUGGCAUGAAAUUCACAACAUAUGAUCGAGACAACGAUAAAGCUUCAAGUGAGAAUUGUGCCAUUACCUGGAAAGGAGCCUGGUGGUACAAUAUAUGUCACCGUGUAAAUUUAAAUGGACUCCUCCCAACAACAAGCACAACAAGUCCAACAUACAUGAGUUGGCUUGGAAUUUACGGAAGUUAUGGCAACAUAAUAUUUUCAGAAAUGAAGCUCAAAUAUCACAGGUAAAAGCAAGGAGAUCGUUAAAAUACAUUUGGUUUCCUGUUCUUCUCAAAUGAAGUUUCAUAGGAUAGACUGCGUAUGAUAAUAAACGAGCAAUUAAAGAAGUAUAUGAUAGAGCUUACAGCUUGUAAGAAGGCAAUCUAUAUGACAUGAAUUUUG